GCGGCCUGAAGCGUGGCUUACACAAACGGGGCCACUGCUUGUUCGACCUUCGCAGUUUUGGCUGCGCGCCAUGUGUUCGACCAAAUGCCGCCUCCCGCUCAGGCGGCUCCACGACCGCCAUUUCUCCACCGCCCCGCCACAUAACCACCGGAAGAGCAGCCCGCAAGUCACCAUCCGGUGGCCGGAGCGAUCCAGGCCCUCUCAUGACGCCGGAGACACGGCGAGGGCCCAUGAGGCCACCGUCAGGAGGCUCGCGGCGGCAGGCGACGUGGACGGCGUCCAGUACGCGCUGCAGGAGAUGCGGCUGCGCGGGGUGUCGUGCCCCGAGGGGGCCCUCGUCGCCGCCAUCUGCGCCUUCGCCCGCGCCGGCGCGGCCGACCGCGCGCUCAAGACGUUCUACCGCGCGCACGACCUGGGAUGCGCGGCGCCCACCGUGCGGGUGUACAACCACCUGCUCGACGCGCUGCUCCGGGAGAACCUGGUCGGCGCGGUGGUGCCGGUGUACGACAACAUGAGGAAGGCCGGCGUCGAGCCCAACGUGUACACCUACAACCUGCUCAUGAAGGCGCUGUGCCAGAACGACCGGGUCGACGCCGCGCGCAAGAUGCUCGACGAAAUGGCCAGGAAGGGCUGCCAGCCAGAUGAGGUGAGCCAAACGACGAUCGUUUCUGCGCUGUGCAAGCUGGGCAGGGUGGACGAGGCCAGGAGGGUCAUGGCAGAGACGGUGCCUGUGUGCUCAUCGUACAAUGCCGUCGUUCACGCGCUCUGCAGGCAGUUCAGGAUGCUGGAGGUGCUCUCGGUUAUCGACGAGAUGAUUCACCGGGGACUGCACCCAGAACCUGCCACGUACACAAGCAUAGUCGAUGCGCUCUGCAAGGCCGGGGAGCUGAGGAUGGCUUGCGCCGUUUUGGCUAGGAUGGUAACCGAAGGUUGUGCUCCAAAUGUUCAAACAUUCACUGUGUUGGUCAAAGGGUUCUUUGAUGCUGGAAAGGCACACGACGCAAUUGGCAUGUGGAAUUGGAUGGUGGCUGAAGGAUGUGCACCGUCGACAAUCUCUUACAAUGUUCUCAUCCGUGGCCUUUGCCACACUGGUGAUCUAAAGAGGGCAUCAUCUGUUUUCAGUGGCAUGGAGCAAAACGGUUGUUUUCCUGAUGUAAGGACCUAUUCUACUCUCAUUGACGGAUUCUCCAAAGCUGGGGACCUAGAUGGUGCCAUGACAAUAUGGAAUGACAUGGCAAAUGCUGGUUUCAAGCCAAACGUUGUUGUUUAUACAAAUAUGGUGGAUGUGCUUUGCAAGAAGGUGAUGUUUGAUCAGGCAGAGAAUCUCAUUGAUAAGAUGUCGAUGGAAAAUUGUCCUCCUAACACAUUGACAUUCAACACGUUGAUCAGAAGCCUGUGUGACUCCGGAAGAGUGGGAAGAGCCUUGAGUGUGUUCCAUGGUAUGAGAAGAUAUGGAUGCUCUCCAAACGACAGGACUUACAAUGAGUUGCUUCAUGGUCUUUUCAGGGAAGGAAACUGUGAAGACGCUCUUCGAAUGCUGAUCGAGAUGCUAAACCAUGGGCUUGAGUUGACUCUAGUAUCUUACAACACUACUAUUAGUGGUCUGUGCCAGAUGGGAAGGAACAAAGAAGCUAUGAUUCUUCUCGGGAGGAUGAUAGUCCAACAAAUUCAACCAGAUGCAUUCACUUUCAAUGCGAUAAUUCAUGCUUACUGCAAGGAAGGGAAUGUAAAGGUUGCUGCUUGGAUGUUAGGUCGAAUGGAUGCAGUUAAUUGUCCACGCAACAUAGUUGCAUACACAAGUCUGAUGUCAGGGCUGUGCAGUCAGCACAGGUUGGAUGAUGCCAUGGUCUAUCUCUUGAAGAUGUUAUAUGAAGGUAUAUGUCCAAAUGAAGCAACAUGGAAUGUGUUGGUCCGUGGGAUAUUUACACACAUCGGCACCAUCGGACCAAUGCACUUGAUUGAGCAUAUUUAUGAAGAUUUAUAAGUGUAGCCCUAGAGAACUUCGACAAACCUUGGGCACCAUCAGACCAACGUACUUGAUUGAGCAUAUCAUCGAAGAUUUAUAAGCAUCUACUCGGACAGUCCAGUGGUGCUAUCAUUGGACAAGCAGCAAGUUCUCUUUGAUAGUUGACGAGGCUGCACAUGAAGAACAAUGAAUUAGAAUUACUCAAAAGAAGCAAGAGAGGACAUUUAUGGGCAAAGCUAGGACGAAGACCAUAGAAGUCAGCUCUACAACAUAUGGACCAUAAGUCUGCAGGAAGAAAUCUGAACCCUGAAAAGUGUCUACAUGCAUUACCAUAGCCUUGGAUAAAGUAUGCGCAGCUGGUCACUCUCAAGAACUCUUCAAUUUCAGUACUUAAGGGUGCACCACCGGAGAUUAGUAGGCGAAGACGGCCACCGAGCCUUGCCUUGACCUAGAGCAAGGAAAUGCAACAAAAAAAGUAAGAUACAGACACUGUGAGUACAACUGCUACUGAUCUUUUAUUUAUUUUUCUGAAAGUAAUUUGUGUCUAGUAGUUCUUAGUUAUGAACACAAUACCUUGCGAAAAGCCAGCAUGUCAGCGAAAGGUGAAGCAGUUUUUUGUGUGUAGCCUGCUUUCAUGCUUGCUAGUUUGCUGGAUUGCAAAAGCUAUGGUGAGAUGACAUAAUUUAUUUCCUGCAAUAAAUAUUCAUGAUGCUAGCUAACUUACCGGUUAUACAAAGCAUUAAAAAUCACCCUCCUGAGAGGUCUGAGAUCUGCCAAGGCCUUUAAAAUACCUAAAGUCAAUCAUAAAAAGGUUAUCUGAGUUAGCUGGUACAAAGGCUGAUUUAAUAUCAAUCAUUUUUCUUUUACCACCUUCAUAAAUCUUUUCAUACACUCUGGGCACCCCAACUAGUAGAGUUGGUUUUAACUCCAUGAGAUCAUCUCUCAAGGCAUUCAAAUCCUGAUGAAAAAGAACAGUGCAGUCAUAUUUAAAAAAUAAUGAUGACCAGUAAGAUUGAAAGUAGUAAGGCUAAUAUGUGGAUUUGCUCACUCCAUGGUAAUAGCCAACUGAGGCUCCUUUGUGGAAGAAAUACUCUUCGAUCAUGCGGUCGAGAAUGUGAGCAAGUGGGAGAAAAGAAAGAAACACAUCCUCCGUUGACAUCUGCAUACCCAAAACAACCCAAUUUGCUUACAUUGUGAUAAAAGAUAACCAUCAAUUGAAUUGGAAUUAAGCUUAUUCUAGAAAAGGAGUAACCUUAUCCUCAAACUGGUCCAUGAAGAGGUCCACCCCUUUUACAUACAUCCCAUGGCUCUCAUGGCUCAGCAUAACACCUUUGGGUUGCCCACUUGUUCCACUUGUGUACAUGAUGGUGCAUGUAUCAUUUGGUUGCGGAGGACGAGGUUUAACUGGUUUAUCCUUUCCCUGAAAUGCGAUUCAGAAUUGUUGCUUGAUCAACACAUAUAUUUCAUCACAAACAUUGCUUCCAAUCUUGGCAGUCUGAAUGGAUCUAGUUAUUUUAGUUGCGUGAACCAAACUUUGUAAGCUAGAUGAUACCUGCGCAUUGCUGUGGGAAUUGCUUGCAAUUAUUUUAAUGAGAUUUGGUUCUAUAAUACACUAGUAUUUCGAUUAAUAAUAUAAAAAUUGAAACAAAAACACAUACAAUUAUUGUAUAGUUGUAGAAUAUUUAUUGAAUAUAAGUAGCAUGCAUGGUGCAUGUUACGGUGGUUCUUUUCCCAUGCAUGGUGGCAUGUUAAGUUGGCAUGGUUGCAUGUUGAGAUGAUUAGAGAUAGUGGGGAUAAACUAUUUAGAUAUGUAGGAUUCUCUUUACGCACCAUUUUUAAGAAAUCAUUCCAGGAGUACACUUUCAUCCCAAUCUGCUCGGCAUCUUUGAUUUGUUCAUUAGUUGCCGAGGUGAAUGCCACCAAUGCUGCAAACAUGUUUUGGAGAACAAAAUUUUAGACUAUCUAAUCCUUCCUGGAAUAACAGAGAGACCCUAACCACUUUACCAUUUCCUUACCUUUUAGCCUAGUCGCAGAUGUGCAAUUUGGGGACAGUAUCUGCAAAUAAGAAAUAUUCACUAUGAGAUCUAGAUUCAGACGUGAUCUUAAAGGUGCUUAAUUUAGGUAAUAGAUUUGGCUGUACUUCUUUUAUUUUCUUGUCUUGUAUGAAGACAACAUCAAUCUCAGCAUGGUCAAUAAUGUAAUCAACAGCUCCAGCACCUGAAAUCUCAAGGAAAUAUUAUUAAUGCUAAUAGAGAAAUAAUAUACCUUUUCUGAUAAAAAAACAUUGUUUCAAAUGUUUGCAUUGGUUGAUCUGUAACAUUUUAUUUUUGAGCGCAUCUGAAACACUUUGUGACGAGGGUCUAUUAUUUAUCAGUUUCCUGCUUACCUAAAGUAUCGUACAGUGGGACACAUAUUAUGCUGUAACCAUUGCAAGCCUGCAAAAUUAAUUGCGGGAUUAGCAUCGAUUAUCCUAAUCAAAGGAGAUUCAGGGUAUUAUCAUUCAGAUGGGGUACCUGCAUUGCUACCACCCAUUGAGGGCAGUUGGAUCCAUAAAUUCCAACCCUGGAACCCUGACAUAAAUCAAUCAUGGGAGCAUCAACAUCUCUAAUUAAUGUAAUAAAGCUCUUCAAAAUAUGAAGAUGCCAAUUUAUAUAGCUGGAGCGAAAAAGUUGACUUAAAAGUUUUCGUUCUUACUGGUUGCACCCCCAGCUGCUGCAGCGCAGAUCCAAUUUGCAGGACUUCCUCAUAGACCUCCUUGUAUGAUUUCCAUAAGUAGGGCCCUGGCUACAAAGAUGAAAAUGGGGGGAUGUUGUUCUCAUCAAGAACAAAUUAAGCAAAAAUAGGCAUAUAGCUGAUUGCAUAAGCUUCACUGUCCUAGGGGUUAGUUUUUAUAUGCGCAUACCACUCCGUCUUUAAAUGGACGCCAUCCAAGCAUCCGGUUGUCUGGAUACUUGCCUGCUGCCGUUCUGCAAGGGAUGUAAGCAAAAGAGAUCAAAACAAAGACCACGAAAAAGACCAAAACUAAGCGUUACAUGUCCUCAUGCUAAAAGGCCGAAACAUGACAUAUGCAUGUGUUUCUCUGGGGGAAAACACAUGCCUGUCCUUACAUGUGAAUCCAAAAGUUGGUUUUUGGUAAAACAGAUAUGUGGCUGUCCCCAGUACCAUCUUUGAACAGCCACGCACAUGCAGAUCAGUGUUUUUCUGUUGUUGGUAAAGAAAAAACCACAUGCAGAGUACUGUUUUUUUUUGUCCUUGAGGAAAAAUCACAUGCAUGGAGGUGACACACAAGGAGAUGAAUCUGUCUGACAUGGAAGCAGAGGUCGGAUUUCUUUCUUUAGUGAACACUACUAGUUAUUGUUACCAGUUAGUUCUCUUUGUCUUUGUAGUACAGUAUAACAUAGGCACGUAGCCCAGGGGAAAAAACCCGGAGUAAAGUACAAGACUGAAAGUGAAAGCUACCAUCUAACUACAAUUUUAGUACUAGGAGAAAAGCAAGACAGGGAUGGAUGGACUUUGCUGUUGCUUGUGUUUACCUGAACACAUCCCAUGAGGUCCUCAUGUCAGGAUCAAGCGGCGGGAACCCAUCCUUGGCCAGUAUGUUCCGGAACACCGGCCCCACCGCCGGCCGGCCGUCCUUCCCGGGCUUCCCAUCCUCCACCUUGAUCGUGAAAACCUGCUUCUUUGCCCCCUCCAUCCUCCAAGCUGCGUGCCAGAGAUGAAAGUUUGCAACGAAUUCUGUCAGGACUCUACCACACUCUCUGUUGCCAAACUAGAGGGUGGAGUAUAACUAUCUGAACCCUGCAGUCCAAGAACAAGAAAGGAAAACUGGAGCUGGUAGUUCCUUAUCUGCCAAGAAAGGGAGGAGAAGAAGAAGAACUAUAGUUGGACAAUGAGGGGUGCGACUCGACGGUGUUUCAGACUUUUUUGCACAUCUCGUGACUAGAAAAUGCGAUCCUUGUGUUUCUUUCUCUGUCUUCAGAAUAAAUGAGGAGAGCUGUCACCGACUCUGUAUUUUCUAUAUAUAUCUUUUCUGAAAGUGGACUCUUCAGUUUUCAAGAUCUGUUGUUUCUUUGGGUGCAGUCAGAGAGCAAGACUCGUUCCAGUGGCAAAAAACAACAUUAUCUGGUAACCGUGUUGUUGGGAACAGAAAAGUUCUUGCUUGGUAUGUGUGUAGAGAGAGAGUCAGAGAGAGAGAGAGAGAGAGAUUGCAGGGCAGGAGACAUGGAGUGAACACAAAAGAACUUGAGAGAAAGGGAACAUGGAGAGAGAGGGAAGGCACGGAAGAACUUACAGAAGAAGUGGAGCUUGGAGAAGGCACAAAUGGCUUGGAUCGAGUGGAGAAGAAGCCGGGGAAGCAGUAUCUGGCGCCCCUGCUGAUGCGAAGAGGAGAGAGCUUCCUUGCUAUAUAUGCAGGGGCACGAGGAGAUGGCCAAGCGAGGUUGUGCGCGUCCAAGGAGAAGGACCGCCAGGUGGGGCCAGCCUGGCUAGGCUAAAACCGCUUAGCUCCAGGUUUAGAGAGAUGGAGAGGGAGAGAGAGGUUUAGAGAGAGAGAGAGGGAGGAAGAGAGGGGAGGGAGGGAGAGCCUGGGAAGGAAGGAAUAGCGAUUCCAAGAAUCAAGCGUUGGGUGCUAAGCGCAUGAGCAGCCUCACGCUAAUCUCGCAGGCGAUGUGGCGCCAAACAUGUGGUUAAGGGUCGUUUGGCCCACAUGAUCAGCCAGUCGUAUAGCGGAGAAAUAGUCAUUCGGCAUAAUUGUAUCACCAUCUGUCCCGGAAUUGUUCGUUUCUCUCGAGACUAUCGCGCUGAUCUGUUCCAAACAGUAAAGCUUAUGUUUUCCUUUGCAAGUUUCAGCCGUUGUUUGCUGAUUACACUGCUUGUUAUUCAAGGCGAUGAUGUGGCGCCAUAUGUAUUGUUCAACGGUUGUUGGCCCGCAGGAUCAGUCGUUGCAAUAGCCACUCGGCAUAAUAGUUGUAUCAUGUCGUCUGUCAAGGAACUGUUCUUCUCCCGAUACAACUGCAAUGAUCCAUCCUAAGCAGUAACACUUAUGUUUUGCUUCAAGGUUUAGCCGUUGUUUCUUGAUUAUUAUAUAUAGUACUGUUUAUUCUCUACAGCGGCUGACCCUGGUUAUGAGUUUUACAGAGGUAAAACCCGGGACGGUUGUCCAACCACAACCUAAUCCCUCUUUCGCGAGCCUCGGUUUGCGGACGAACCAGAGGUACUGAGAUCAUGGUGUAUAGAAAGUCAGAAACUGCCAAGAGUCACGCGGAAGGUAGCACAGACAAUAUAGCACUGAUCUUCUCAAUAACAGAGGACAGAGAUGCAGCGACCCACGCACCACCCAUCAGCUUCACUUGGCCCUUUUUAGUUGGAAGAUAGCAACAUUGAUUUCCCUGUGCCUUUCUAUGGAUAAUUAGAUGGCUGUUACCGGUUCCUUUACGGGAGUUUUCUGUCACUCUUUGGGGAAGUUCUCCGUCAGCUGUCAGACUGAUCUUCUUUAUCUGCAUCGCUGUUAUAGAAUUACUAUUACUAUUAUUAACACUUUCUGACGGAUCUUCUGAUUAAUAACAGGACCCCGUUCGAGUAAAGUCUGAACCUACCAAGCUCUACCGAUUGAAUGAGCCAAUCGUACAACAAAAAGAUAUUUUAAGAAAAAACAGCUCAUAAAAAACCUGGUGUCCGCUCACUAGCUCUACUGGUAACCUGACCUUUGGUGCAGCUGGCGAAGUUCGCAUUGGAUGUCCCCAGCCAGGCAGCAGCCGGCUGCUAUCCUAUCCGAGUCCACGUGACUACGAGUACACUGCAGUCGAUGUCAGCUCUGCUGCUCCUUGUCUUUUACCGCCUGCUCAUGCUGUUCUCUGCAGUACAUGGUACGUACUGAAGAAAAUAAACAGAAGGUGCCCAUCCACCCGCAAGGGCAGGCCACGGAGGGGACGAGGGGAAUUCAAUGGAGGAGGCAAAGUGGAGAGGGAGGAAAUGCCAUUGGCACCCGCACUGUAGUUCCACUUGUGCAGUGUAGGUGGUGCAGCUGGAGUUAAUUCCGCAUCCACCUAACUAGGGCAAGCAAGCAAGAGAAAUGCCAUUGGCACCCGCACUGUAGUUCCACUUGUGCAUGCGGCCGGUGCAUCUCCGCUCCUCUCCUCAUCAUGGUCUCUUCCAUUCUCAUCUUGAGCAUAAAAAGGUUCUUCUGGACAUGGCAAGUAGCACCCGGACUCGGAAUUCCACCUGCAUAUCUAGCUUGCUCUUGGGAAUUCUGGAGAUGUGAGAAGCAAACAACUUAGAAAUAGCCCUUUUAGAGCACAUUUUCCCCCCAGAUCAUUUCUUCACAAAAUCUUGCGCGCGGGAGCAUGUAAGCCUGAGCUCUGUUUUGAAUAUGAGGAUGCUGAUAUUACUAUUUUGAGAGAGAAAAAAAUCUCGGUUGUGCCAGUUAGCUCAUAUGUUGCUCUUUGCGGAUACACAAUCGAUCCCCACUAGGAAAGCGAUGGCCUCGCUCAUCAUGCUCGUCGCUUGGACAAUUUGGAGCGAAAGGAAUGCAUGCGUGCUCCGUCAGAAGAGUGCGUCGCCGGCGGUCCUCCUCGCCAAUAUCAAGGAGGCCAAGCCAUGGGUAACCGUGGGUGCUAGAAAUUGGGUCAUUUGAUGCCGCGAGAGUAGUGAGUCAUUGUUAUUCGGGGCGUUGCGGAACUAUCCGUGUUGUAACACAAACUAAACUCUAUUCCUCUUCUUAAUCAAUGAAUGGGGCAAUUUUUUUGCCUCUUGUUCAAAAAGAAAAAAACAAUCUCGUAAUGGUUUUGCACUCA